AUGCCUGGCGUUCCAUCAAGUCGAGCCUGUGAGGGAUGUCGGCAGCAAAAAAAGAAGUGUGAUGAAUUAAAACCCAAAUGUUCGCGGUGUACUCGCGCACGGAUUCCAUGUGUCAAUAAUGGAGCCCGACGCUUCAAGUUUCAAUACCUGCAAGUCACCACCUCGAAGCCAGAAGAGCAUCCUGUCGAGAGCUCGGCCACUAUUUUGGUCCCCACUACAACCCACAAGGCCGACGACAGCCAGCCACGAGUCGCAAACACUAAAGCUAAACGAGCCCACCAUACCAGCGGUAGAAAAGGGUGCGAUAAUUGCAGAACCCGGAAAGUACCUUGCGACGAGGUGAGGCCAGCAUGCACACAGUGUGUCUCUACCGGCCGCAGGUGUGAUAGCUAUGCGACUACACCAGCCAUUGAGCUCUCCAAGUCACAAAACCCUCCGAUUUGGGCCCUUCAGGCUGUGGCCAGCCCUAUUCCGCCUCUCCCUGACAAAAACCGCAAGGAAUUGCGCAGUUUCCGUUUCUUCGUGGAUGUGACAGCGCCUACUCUAGGAGACGCCUUUAAUGCUAUAUUUUGGAAGGCGGAAAUCCCUAGAGCCUGCUAUCUUGACGGUGCCAUCUGGCAUGCAAUUAUUAGCCUCGCGUCGGCUCAUGAAUCUGCUGUUUCCACUAUACCUGCUGGCAUGUCUACAACACCUGACAACUUGCAUACCCUUAUGCACUAUAACCUAGCCGUCCAGAACCUGCUCAAGUCUUACUCACCCGAGGGCUGGUGGCGGGUUCUUACCCUUAGCAUUCUUUUUACCUCUAUCUGCUGCUUGGAGAACAAGUACAACGAGGCACAGAUGCAUUUCAAGUAUGGAUACAAGCUGAUAUGCGAUAUUUCUACGCCCGAACAUCCAGACCCGCAUGGAUCUCUGCCCGACGAACGAGCUCCAAAUUGGAACCGGUUGCAAGGCCGAGUACCCAUACCGGUAUCUGUUGACUCUCUUCGAUCCAUGGUCGAAGCCUUCGAACUGCAAUGUCGCAAGCUCGAUGCUGCUAAAAGCCAAUAG